AUGAGCGCAAUAGCAGGCGGAACCGCUGGUCUGAGCAUCGCGACGCCUGCCGGCAGAGGCCGCAAGCGAGGGUCGUCAGCUGCGACGUCGCGAGCUGCUGCGGCGACAAGUGAUGCGGUCGGGGUAGAAAGCCUGGGCGGGCGAUCGAGCAAACGAAAAGAUGCAGUUGCGGGCGGCGGUGAGGCGGGUGACGACGACGACGACGUCUUAAGCAAGCCGGCGUCGUCUCGCCUCGGGGUGACAGGCGCUGCUGCGGCUGCGGGCGCGGAUCACGGCGGGCACGCGUCGGCAGGUGCGGGCGAUCGCGAGGGGACAGAUGGGCGCGGGGCUGUGGCGGGGCUCCGAGACGGCGACGCUGCGACGGGCGGACACCGGCGCGCAGUAUCGGGGAACUUCGCAUGGCUGGGCACGAGCACGUCGGGCGCUGCGCAUGCCGUGAAGGCGGCGCUCAAGUCGUCGCUUGUCGCGCUGGGCGCCGCCAGGGGUCCCGCGUCGGCAGCGGGCAAGGGCGCAUUGCCGGGCCGUUCGGGAGGAGCAGCCGGGGGGGAAUCGGUCCGCGCUGCGGCGGCGCAGAGGCUAAGCGCGGUGUUGCGGCACCCCGCGGUGCCGGUGGUGCUGCCCAUGGUGCUGGCGGUGGUCAUCAGCGCCUACUUCCUCCGCCUCGUCCCCGGCGGCGGCACCCAUUCCAUGCCGGACGAGGGGGGCUGGCGGCUGUGGUGGGGGGGCAACCGCGCCGAGCGCAUGGCGGCCGCGGCGUCUGCGGCGGCGAAGGCGCAGCAGGCGGCGGUGGAGAGGCUGCAGGAGGUGGUGGUGCGGCUGGAGAAGCGCACCGAGUCCAUGGCGCAGGCCCUGCAGGUGCAAGCGGACACACUGGAUUCGAAGCUGGGUGCGGUGAGCAAGGAGCAGGAGGUGCGAGCACAGCACGCAGCAGAGCUGGAGAAGCGACUGGAGCAGCUGGGCGUGAAGGUGCAGGAGACGGACGCCGCCGUGCUGCAGAUUCUGGCCAACGGGGGGCCCAUGGUGCGGCAGGAGGUGGUGCAGCUCGUGCAGCAGGUGGCAGAGGAGAGGGCACAGGAAGUGGAGGCGCGCGCGUUGACGCUAGACGACGUGAGGGCGGCGGCGAAGAGGGUGGUGGAGGAGCAGCUGCAGCGCCACCUCACGGAUGACAUAGAGCGCGCCGACUAUGCCCUCGCCACAGGGGGGGGGCGCGUGGUGGCGCACUCAGACGCGCUGUACACGCGGCAGCAGCAGCAGCAGCGCCAGCAGAAGCGGCGGUGGAGCCAGGUGGUGAGCACCGUGUCUCGCCUCGCUUCCUCCGGUGCUGCCGGCGCAGGCGCUGCUGACUCUGGUGGCAAGGAACCGGAGGCGGCACUGCUGCACCCGAACGCACAGGUGGUGCUGGCCCCUGGGCGGUUCCCCGGCAACUGCCUGCCACUGAAGGGGCAGCAGGGCCACAUUGACAUCCGCCUGCGCUCCACCAUUGUGCCGCGUGCCUUCACCCUUGAGCACCUGCCCAAGAGCAUCGCGUAUGAGAUUCACAGCGCACCCAAGGACGUGGAGUUCUGGGGCAGGCGCCCUGCCAGCACCCCCACCACCACUGCUGUCGCCACUGCCGCUGCUGGCAGCACUGGGGCCAGUGGCGGUGGGGAGAGUGAGGCGGCAGGGUCAAGUGGUGCAGGUGGAGCAGCGGAGGAGGGGGAGUGGCAGCGGCUGGCAGUGGCAAGGUAUGAGCUGGAGGGCGGGCCGGUGCAGACAUUCAGUGUUGGGGAGGCAGUGGAGGAAGCGGGGGGUGGCGAUGGCGUGGGCAUUGGCAUGGUGCGAGUGCGCGUGCUGUCCAACUAUGGCCACCCCAAUUUCACCUGUAUCUACCGCGUCAGGGCGCAUGGGGACGCGCUGGGCGGGUGA